AUGGCGUCGCCAGGCGCUGCGGCGUCCGGCGGCUUGGUCCGGACGUACAGCGCGUGUUUGAAACAACUUUUUUCCCAUCAUGCAGUGAAACUGGGAACGGAGCGGGUGCGAGCAGUUGCUGCCGGUCUCGGCAGUCCUCAGGACGAUUACGAUAUCAUCCACGUGGCUGGGACCAAUGGAAAAGGCACCACCUGCGCCAAGCUCGCCGCCUGCCUUUCGCUCAAGGGCUACAAGGUCGGUACGUACACGUCGCCUCACAUUCUCUCUUUCCGGGAACGGAUUCGGGUGGAUAGCCAAAUGAUUCCUGAGGAAGACGUGGUUGCUCUGUACAACCGCGUGACGCAGACUGCCAAGCAAAUGGACGUCGAGUUGACAUUUUUCGAGAUCACCACGCACAUGGCGCUUCUCUACUUUUCCCAGCAAGAAGUCGACUGGGCCGUGAUCGAGACUGGCUUAGGCGGUCGUUUGGACGCGACAAACAUCUUGGAUUCUCCAAGGUGCACUGUCAUCACUUCCAUUGGCUGGGACCACAUGAACGUCCUCGGAGACACUCUGGAGAAAAUCGCUCAGGAGAAGGCAGGCAUCAUCAAAGCAAAGACCACAGUUGUGCUAGGCCCGACGGCUGCCGUUCACCCGUGCUUUCGGAAAAAGGCAGCGUGCGUUGAGGCGGAGGUCGUGGAGGUCCCGGCAGAGCCCAGAGGCGAGGAUUUUGAGGACGAAAACAUUCGCAUUUGCCGCGCCGUCGUGGAGAACGUGCUGAGGCUCGACCUCCUGCCGAAUCAGCUGCAAACUGCGCUGUCCGUGCAGAUGCCGCUUCGCGCUCACGUUUUGACUCGACAGGAUCUGCAAGUCGCCAGCGACUUGUGUGGCGUGCGGCGCGGCUCUCCGGCUGCCACGGGCGAGCAGAAGGUGCCUGGCAAAGGAAAACUAACUGGCGAGAAGGAAAAAAACGGAAACUCCCUCAGCCGCCAGGAAGCGGGCGGGAAGAACGCGCGAGAGGAGGGGAACCACGCGCCGCUGGAGACGCCGUACGCAGUCAUCGUGGAUGUCGCACACAACGAAAGCGCCAUUGAGCGGUUCCUCCAGUUCCUAGGCCACCAUUACUUCGGCAUUCCGGUUCGAGUCAUCGUUUCUCUCACCAAAGAGCGUAGCGUCUCCGUCCUCCAGCCCUUCAUCAACUAUCUCUCUUUUCCCAAGAACAACCGCCUUGUGCGGCUGCACUUUGUCGAGGCGGACCACGAGCGCCGCAAAACCGCCGUUUCUGUGUUGGAGGAACUCCAAACAAACGACCAAGUCACUGAUGCGCUCCGCACAGAGGUUUUAGCAGGGUUGGAGGAGCAGCAUCGCGUGGUCACAGAAGAGAGAGCGCGCGAGAAAAAAGAACAACGCAGUUCGAAGAAUGACGCUGAGGCUCGCCUCCGCGUGCCGGAAAUCAUUCGCCCCUACGCCCAUCUCCUCGACACUUGCAGUGCAGGAGACCUCCCCGACGUUCUUCGCUUCGCGUAUCGCCAGGCGACGGCUGAGCAGAGCGUUUUAAUCGUCUGCGGAACUUUCUACAUGAUGCGCGAAGUCGUACAGACUCUCGGCUUCCUCCACGGGCCCGUAGACGAGCUGGACGUGAACGAGCGCUCAGUCAGUCCCGCCAGUGUAGAUGCAUGCGCUGCAGCGGCGCCGGCUUCAAGCCACUGUGCGCGUCCUUAA